AUGGGCAAGGAGGGUAAGCAAGGUGUGGAUUACCGUGUGUUGGGGGCGUGGGGUGCCCUCACUGUUGAUGGUGUGGGAGGCGUGCGGCUGUGGCGCGCCCUGGACCGAGAAGCUCCCGGUGGGGACGUGGGCAUGGCACGGGUGGUUGCCAUGGAUGAGGGCAUCCCUCCGCUCUCUGCCACCGCUACCCUCACCCUCACUGUCACAGAUGUAAACGACUGCUCGCCGCGUCUCCUGCCUCCUACCCAACUUCAGGUGAUGGAGGGUGCUCCUGCCUCCCGCGUGGGCCUCUUGACAGCUACUGACGAUGACCUGUGGGAGUUGGGACACGGCCCCCCCUUUUCAUUCAGCCUGGCGCCCUCCAACCCUGUCUAUGUUCUUACAAUUCUUACUCUCAAGUACGAUGCUGGUGCUGACGAAGGUCGUGGUGGGGCGGAGGUGUGGACAACAGGGCCGUUGGACAGGGAGGAACAGCAGCAAGUGACGGCUGAGGUAGUGCUGAGUGACGCUGAGGGCCUGUCUGCCACAUAUCCCAUCACCAUUAUUGUUGGUGAUCUCAACGACAACCCCAUGAGACCAGCUACCAAGACUGUCUACCUCUGGAAGACUCAGAGCGGGACUGGUGAGGCGAGUCUGGGUAGAGUGUACGUGGAGGACCCUGAUGACUGGGACCUGAAGGAUAAGACCUUUGCGUGGGAGGGUUCUCCUCACCCACUCUUUACCCUCCAGCCAGAUACUGGCAAUAUCUACGCUUCUACACAGCUCAGAGAGGGAAGGUACGAGCUGCACUUCAGUGUGUCAGACAGAGUGUGGGGCCAGAAGGACGUAGCUGCAAAGGUGGUGGUGAGUGUGAGGUACUUGUCCCUUGAGGCCCUUUCUCACGCUGUCCCUCUCACACUCACGCCCACCACGCCUGCCGCCCUCACUACAGGAUGGACGCCCACGGGCAAUGUAGGAGGGUUAAGCACCCUGACUGAAGCAGUGAUGUAUGUGGUGGGUGACUCAGCUGAGACAGUUGAAGUGGUCAGUGUGUAUGGCCUUCCGCCCCGGGAUACUUACCUUUUCGGCACUCCGAUUAGGUCUGCUCUCCCUCAUGCUAAAGUGGCCUCCGACACCCUCCUGAGCCCAUCGCCCUUCGUGUGUGUGUGGCUGAGCGUGAGGCUCAGGACAGGAGGGUUCAUGAACCCGGUCAAACUACAUGGUCUGCUGGGGCUUCAUCUUCAACAUCCCCGCCUUCAAGGUAAACUCCCUCAUGUCCAGUAUGCUCAGGUAGCCCGAAGACCUCCAGCCUCGACAGUCCUCCCGUCUCCCAAUCCCUCUGCAUCUGUGUCUUCUGGGGUUGCAACACUUUCUAAUUCUUUUGCAGUUUUAUCCUCUGACACUCCUACCUCCACACCACUUCCUACUUCCACUUCAUCUCGCUCACUUGCUUCUCAGUCUAAGAGACCUCGUAGACCUAUGCUUUCUUCACGUCCAUCACCUGCACAGAACCUAUCUUCUACCUCAGAGCCUAGUUCUCACCUCUCCAGCCCUCACAUGAAGGUGAUAGACACUAACUCAACCUCGCUGGUGACUCCACGCUUGAUGCGCGCCCACGACUGCCACGCCAACAAGUACUACGAAGACUACACCUGCACGCCCGCUUCCUGCCUCAACGGGGGCCGCUGCCUAAAAACGGACGUCGGCAACAGAUGUGUGUGUCCCGGCGGCUCGUUGGGUCCACGUUGCAAAGUGGUAACUCGUACCUUCUUUGGGUCAGGCUGGGCCUGGCUGCCUCCGCUCUCGCCUUGUCUCCCAGCCACCAUCUCUCUGCGUCUCCUCACCACCCGCCCACACGCACUCAUCCUUUACUCAGGACCCCUUGCAACCACUUCCAACCACCCACGCUACGCGCCCACGCCCAUGCUGGCUCUCCAGCUCGUUGACGGAAGACCCCAAGUGUUGGUGGAAGGCGGGAGAGGGCCAGUCAAGUUAAUAGUGAAUGCCACACUCAACACAGGCACCUGGCACACACUCCACCUUCACCUCACCCACCAGGGAGUGAUGUUGAUAGUUGACCUGUGUGGACAUGGCUGGUCAGCUGAUACAACCAGUGAUGGCCACUGCUCUGCCCGAGCUCCGUGGGUGGACCCGCAGGUGAUAGAGAACUGGAGCGGUGGUGUUCCGCUGCAGGUGGGUGGCCUUGCACACCCAUACCCAUAUCCCGAACAUUUCGGCUGGACGAACGCCAUUGUAAACCAGGCUCUGGACGGCUGUAUCUCUCGCCUCACACUCAACGGAGAGGUUGUUGAUGUGGGAGAACCAGCGCACAGUAGUGGCAGCAUUAAGGGAUGUAUGCCCCAGGAGAAAGCUUGUGGCCAGGAGCUGACUUUCUGUGGUAUACGAGGCAGCUGUGCUGGUGGUCUCAUCGCCCCGAGAUGUGACUGUGAGCCAGGAUGGUCAGGGUUUCAGUGUUCUUCACCCACUGUUCCCGUUAGUCUUGGCAAAGCAUCAUACAUGAAGGUGGCUCUUCCCUUCUCACAAGAUCCGUACCAUAUAAUGCUGCAGCUACGAGUGAGAGCGAGGGGACACCCUCAUGGACUCCUGAUGUUCCUACCCUCCACACACCACUCGUCUAACUUAAAACUAGAGCUGCGUAGCGGUGUUGCUUGUGCCUCCAUGUCUGGACCGAGGCAGGGCAGACAGGAGGUGUGUCUAGAGACCUUUCCCCUGGGAGACGGUGCGUGGCACACAGUAAGAGUUGGCCGCCACGGACCUAACCUCAUCAUCGGAGUGGAUGACAGCGAUGGCUGGCGGCAGAACGGGUCUUGGGAGUCUUUUCACUCCAGCACCCUCCAUGGUGGCACGCAAGACCUGGCCUCCGUGGCACCCGUACCUCUCACAGUGGACACAGUGACUAUGGGAGGCCUGCCUGAGUUCGUUGGCACCACCUUAGCAAAAGUAAAUCAUGACCUCCAACAAUGUUGUGUAGACGAUGUUCGAGUGAUGGAUCACCCCAUCGCUCUCACACAUGAUGGUAACACGAGUGAGUGGGACCAGUCUAACAGACACCACAACCUGCACCAAGGUUGUGUUGCCCCGGAUGUGUGUGUCAACACUACCUGCCUGCCUCCCCUGUCCUGCCACCACCCCUGGAGAGAGACAGCCUGCAGCUGUGGCCCCGGAGAGGAGCUGGUGGGGGCUGGUUGUCAUGACGUAGAUGAGUGCGUGUACCAGCCGUGUCUACACGGAGGCUCCUGCAUCAACCUCGCCCCCGGCUACCACUGUGUUUGUGGACCAGCACACGUGGGCCACAACUGUGAGUGGACUAGCCUCACCCCGGAGCCACAGCCCCUGGCCUCCCCGCUGCUCAUAGUGGCCCUCACACUCUUCCUUCUGCUUGUAGUUGUGUUGGGCGUCGUCGUCAACCUUCGUCUUUACCGUUGUCGAGCAACCAGAAGCAAGGCAGGUGUGCCAGCAACACCUGUGAGUGUGCAGGCAGCAUCUGACACCUGCCCCAGGACAGCCGUUGAAGAGGAGGUCCUACUCGAGACAAUCAAGGUCAAGAUGCCCAGCAAGCACAUUUUCUCGUCUCAAGGUGAUCAGUAUUGAUGUAUUAGCUUUUUU